AUUUAGUUUGCUUAAUGAUAUGCGUGUGUUCAGUCGAAUGCCAAUUCUAUCUCGGUGUUUUCUGUAAUUCAGAACCAGCAUUCGUGUUUCUAUCGUUAACACUAUCUUUAUUAGUAUGUGAGAGAGAUUUGUGGAGCAUUCGACGAUGUACCUAAUAGACAUGUUUUAACAAGACCUGCUAGGUGAAGUUCAGUGUCAGGGAUACACAGGGACCCUGUUUUAGUUGUGACCGAUUCUGCGGCUGAGGAUCCUGUUGCAAAGGAAAUGCGAGGGGGCGGUUUCUUCAGCGACGGCGUCAAGAGGGAUUCGGUCCUAUCGAAGGGCGACGUCCCAGCGCUCUCGGGGGACGUCCAGGAGCAACUCGACCAGCUCAGAAAGGAGCUGACGGACACCAUCAGCUGUUUGGGCCACGAGAUCCUGGAGAUCCCCGAAUUGGCUGCCUCGGUCGGGGCGAAGGAGGAGCAAGGCGAAGGAAGGAGCGGCGGGGCAGCAGGGAGCGUCUCCAGCAAGUACGAGAGGAGGCAAAGAGCGUUUCAGGACAAGGUCGCCGAGACGGAACGCUGCAGCAGCACAGGGAACUUCGGUCAGAGUUACGGAGGGAAUCCCGAUGAUGCAUUGGCAGAGGGAAGAAUAGAACAGGAAGAGACUUUAUCAAUUGGCCCCGGCGGAUCAAGUCGCGGUAGCUAUCAGCUGAUCGCCUUGUCAACUGACGAUGACGUCACGGUGGCUAGGAGCCGGAAAUGGCGGUGGAAUCAGCUGCCACGCUUGCAGCGUGUGGUGUUCUUCAUGCUAGGAGUAGCGGCCCUGGUGGCCCUCAUCUAUGUAAUUGCUAGUCAUGCUGACCCCUCGGCACCCCCUGCUGUUUCUCAUGAGAACGUCGUGAUAGCUCCAACUCCGGCAGUUGUCCAUCCUGAAGUAAUUGAAAAUGAAGGAAAUGUGGAGGAAGAUGUAAAGAAGGAAGGACCUGACCAGAUAAUUCCUCCCCCUGGACCCCCACGAAAGAGAUCUGAAAGACAAGAAGCUGUUGUUGGAGCAAUGAAGCAUGCCUGGAAAGGUUACAAGACAUAUGCAUGGGGUCAUGACCAUCUUAAACCCUUGUCGCGGUCAAGUAAUGACUGGUUUAGACUUGGGCUGACCCUGAUAGAUGCACUUGAUACACUGUGGAUUAUGGACCUUAAAGAUGAAUUUAAUGAGGCUCGUGAGUGGGUUGCAACUCAACUCAACUUCAACAUAAAUCAAGAUGUUAACUUGUUUGAAUCCACCAUUCGCAUAUUAGGUGGCCUUCUUUCAACAUAUCACCUUACUAAUGACCAACUCUUCCUCGAUAAAGCUGUUGACAUAGGCGAUAGACUGAUUGCUGGCUUCAAUAGUGGAUCUGGAGUUCCCUUCGCAGAUGUCAAUUUGUAUUCACGAAAAGCGUCAAACCCAAAAUGGGGCCCAGAUUCCUCAACUUCAGAAGUUACAACAAUUCAGCUGGAAUUCAGAGACUUGUCUCGUGUUACUGGAAAUCCCAUUUAUGAGGAAAAAGUGAAUUUAGUGUCUGACCACAUCCAUAAGCUACCAAAGACGGAAGGACUCGUUCCCAUCUUCAUUAAUGCUCAGACGGGACAGUGGCGUGCACACUCGACCAUCACCUUGGGAGCCAGAGGAGACACCUAUUAUGAGUAUCUCUUGAAACAGUGGAUCCAGACAGGACGGACGAGAGACUUCUUAAGAGAUGAUUACAAUGAGAGUGUGGCCGGCAUGGAGCACCUGUUAGCGAGAAGGACAGAACCCAGUAACCUUCUCUUCUUUGGCGAGCUUCAUGGAAGUAAAAAUUUUGUCAAUAAAAUGGAUGAACUGACUUGCUAUCUCCCAGGCACUCUAGCCCUUGGAGUUCAUUAUGGAAUGCCAAAACACCAUAUGAAGAUAGCAGAGGAUCUGAUGUAUACUUGUACACUAACUUGGCUUCGUCAACCAACAAACCUGGCCCCAGAAAUUACUUACUAUAAUACGCAGCCCACAAGUACGAAUGAAGAUUUCUUUGUAAAGAGCAAUGACGCACACUACCUCCUCCGUCCAGAAACUGUAGAAUCACUGUGGUACAUGUAUCACUUAACAGGAAACAAAACUUUCCAGGACUGGGGAUGGCAAAUGUUUCAGGGCAUAGAAAAUUACUGCAAGGUAGAAAAUGGAUACACUUCCAUUGGCAACGUCAGAAGUACUAUAGACACAAAACCAAAAGACAAGAUGGAAUCUUUCUUCCUAGGGGAGACACUUAAAUAUCUUUACCUCCUGUUUAUGGAGGAUCAGAAUGCUUUUAGUGUAGACAAGUGGGUCUUCAAUUCUGAAGCACAUCCACUACCUAUUUAUACCCACUAGUCUUCUCAUCAGUCAUCAUAGAAAGCAUAUUAUACUUCACUAGAUCAUAUUAUUUAAUUAUUUCAGUAGGGUAAGCAAUCCAGGCUUAGUUUUAUGAAGUCAGUGGUAUUUUGAGAAAUAAUUUACUAUGCAAUCAGUUGCGUCACGAAGGUCGGGCUGGGGGGAUGUUUGUUCUCAGGUGCUGCCUCUGCAGAGGCCAGAAUUGGGUGAGGAGAAAAUGUUUUGAAGUUGUGAAUUGAUAGAGGUGAUCAUUUAUAAUAAUAUAAAUUAUGUUAACUAAAUUAAUAUCUAUCUGAGCAUUAAGAGAAUAUAAUUUUUUAAAGAGUA